UUACAAUGGCAACUUUAAACAUAUCUAUGAAAACUAGAUUUUUUUGGAUUGCGAAUAUUUUAUUUCACAAUCUAGUGGCAGUAGUGACCGUUGUGCUUUUGACUAUUAUUGUGCAACAUUCUAAGCUAAAUAGUUAUAAAACAUGGCACUAUAUUUUGUGCACGUUAGGAUAUGGACUUUUUAUGGCAGAAGCAAUAGUGAUUUUUUCAAAAAAUAGCUCGUUUACCCAAGAUUUAAAUAGAAGAGUCAAUGGGUAUAUCCACGGUAUUUUAAUGGGCCUUGCUGUAAUUUCUACGACCAUUGGCAUAUCUUUUAAAAUAUACCAGAAAAAUACCAGUAAUUCUGAACAUUUUACCACAAAUCAUGGAAUUACAGGUCUUGUUUCUUGGCUUCUGGCCAUGGUGGCAGUUUUCGGUGGUCUAGCAGCGUUAUUUUCCAAACCUUUCGAAAAUUACAUAAAGCCAAUAUACAUAAAAUUCUUGCACAAUUUUUUGGGAAUAUCAUCUUUUAGUAUCGGUUGUGCCAGUUUGGCACUUGGUCUGGAAAAACACGCCAUUCUUUUUCACACCUCCCCCGAAACAAGGGUGGCCCUGACAUGGGCCAUAAGUAUCAUGACUGCCAUGGCCCUUCUGGGGGCUUUAAAAUCGUUUUAUAAUCAAUUUAAAACUGUUUUUGCAAGAUAGGUUAAUUUCGUUGUUCGGUUAUUUAUUUGAAUGUUAAU